AUGGAUGACCCAGAAACACUGGGGCCCUGCAGCCUCUCCCACCUCCCCUCAGAGAUCCUCCUCCAAAUCUCAAGCUACCUCGACCUCCCCGCCCUAAACGCCCUAACCCAACUAAACCACUCAACAACCUCCCUCCUCCAACCCUCCCUCUACAAACUCGACGCCCGCCAAUCCUCACAAGCCCUCUGCUGGGCCGCAAUCCACAACAAUCCCCAAAUAGCCCAAUCCUCCCUCUCCGCCGGCGCAAACCCAACAACCGUCACCGACCAAGACACCCUAAUAAAAGGCUGCACCCCCCUCAUGCUAGCCGCCUACCAUGGCAGUCUCCCCGUUCUUUCCCUCCUCCUCACCCACCCAGAAACAAACCCCAACUCUCGAGACAGGAAAUACAUCAGACCACCCAUAACAUGGGCAAUCAAGCACCGCCACGCAGCCAUCGUGCGCGCCCUCCUAAAAGACGACCGCACAGACCCCAAUCUCCAAGAUAAAUUCGGCGAUACAGCCCUCAUGAUCGCCGUCACGCUCCGCCCAGAUAUGAUCCCCGGCGCGACGGCGUUGUCGAGGGCGUCUCAGCGGGGCGUGGAGGUUGAUCUUAUCCUCGCGACGCAUUUGAGGUUCAUUCUCGAUGGGGACGAGAGCGCGGCGCAUUGUCAGCAUGUUUUCUUCUAUGCGGCUAUUUCGGGACAUGUUGAGAUUGUGGAGUAUUUGGUUGAAUACUUUGGUGAUCGGCUGGAUCCUAAUGGGGUAAGUUUGGGGACGGGGAUGGCGAUGGCGAUGGGUGCGGGGAAUGGGGUUGCUAAUGGUGUCGGGGCGGGGCAUAAUAAUGGACACACCAAUGGCAAUGGUCAUGGUCAUGGUCAUGGUCAUGGUCAUGGUUAUAGCCAUAGCCAUAGCCGUAGUAACAGUGGGGCCGGACACCACGGUCGAGGCGCAUUCUCCAUUGCUGUCGAGCGCGGCCACAUCUCUGUCGUGAGGUAUCUACUUGGAUGGGAAAAGACGGAUCCGAAUCUCAGCGAUUCAUGGAAACAUCAGUGUCCGCUUCUUCUGGCUGCUAUAGCCGGUGACGAGAGCAUGGUGUCUGCACUUGUCGAGUGUGAAAGGGUGGAUCUAUUGAAUCCUGAUGUCUCGGGUACCACGCCUUUACAUGCGGCCGUUGAGCGGAAUCACGUGGAUGUUGUGAAACUUCUACUUCAGACGCUGCGGUCUAGAUCUGACUUGGGUACAACGUCAGGGCCAGGCCGGGGUGGAACCCGAAUCGCGGAUGUCAAUGCGAGAAAUAGUUCCGGCCAGACGCCGCUUCAUAUUGCUGUUUUGCAGGACUAUGAUGAUCUUGUUAUGCUGCUUCUGGAGGCGGGUGCCGAUCCGCAACUUACUUGUGCGGAGGGAUUGACUGCGUUGGAUCAGGGGGAUCAGUGGUGUCGGGAUGGGAGGGCGAUGGGGGUGUUACGGGAGUACAUGAGGAAACUAUGA